GCUCCCGCGGGGGGCGGGGCACCAAGAUGGCGGCCGAGCCGGCUGCGGUCGGGAGCGGGGAGAGGCGGGCAGCUGAGCCGGCUGCGGCCGGGGGGCUCCGGGUUCCUGUGCCCGGACGGUGCGGUUACUUCGUGGAGCGGAAGAAGCGCUUCUGCAAGAUGAUCCCGGCUCAGGGGAGACUCUUCUGCGGGGAGCACGGACACCAGGAGGAAGAAAAUGACAGGAAAAGAAUUCCAUGCCCUCUUGACCCAAAACACACCGUAUAUGAAGAUCAAUUACAAAAGCAUUUAAAAAAGUGUAAUUCAAGAGAGAAGCCGAAGCCUGCCUACUUUGUUCAAGAUAUUAAUGCAGGAUUAAAAGAUGCAACAGAAAUACUUGACGAACAGCAGUUACCAAUUUCUUCCCUGUCUAAAGAAGAAUUAGAGGACUUGAUUAAAAAGCUGAAAAAAGCAAGUAAUGGUAUAAAGCCAAUACUUAAGGAUCAAAUGCUGUCCCAUCAGGCCUUACAAGAAGCCUUAAAUGACCCAAAGAAUGGAGAGUCUGCUUUCAAGCACUUGAAACAACAGGCUUCCAUUUUAGGUAACAUGGAAAAGUUACAUUUGCUUGGGCCAGGAAGAUGUUUUAUUGAGUUUGGAGCUGGACGAGGAAAGCUGUCUCACUGGGUUGAUAUUGCCUUACAAGACGCUGAAAAUGUUCACUUUCUGCUUGUUGAAAGGGCAACUACACGAUUCAAGGUAGAUGGUAAACACAGAAAAAGAGACUACAUAUUUGAAAGGCUUCAAGUUGAUAUCCAGCACUUAUGUUUAAAUAAAGUACCUAUUCUUGAGAAAGAAAAGCUUCCUGUGGUAGGAAUUGGAAAGCAUUUAUGUGGUGUUGCAACAGAUCUUGCUCUGAGAUGUUUGGUUGAAAGUUACGCAACCCAAUAUGAUGAAAGAAAUGAAGAACCUUCACCUAAACGUUUCAAGAGUGAUAAAACAGACAUAGCUUUUAACAAUUCUGCUGAUGAAAGGAGUGGAAAGAAUGUUUCAGAAAACUGGAAGCCUGUGGCUGGAAUUGUUAUUGCACUGUGUUGCCACCACAGGUGUCAGUGGAAGCAUUAUGUAGGCCGAGAGUUCUUUAGAACAGUGGGACUUGGGCCAGUGGAAUUUAAUUAUUUUCAGAGAAUGACUAGCUGGGCCACUUGUGGCAUGCGAGAAACUAUCACUGAAGCCUCUACCGUUGAUGCAAAGAGCAAAGACCAAAACAGUGAUACAGAAGAACAUGACCAAGUACACAACAGAAUUGAGUGCAGUUCUGAUAGUCUGCAAGGGCUACUUACUGUUGAAGAACGAAAGCAGAUAGGUCGUCUUUGUAAACUCUUGAUUGACCAGGGACGGAUCAAAUAUUUACAACAGAGAGGGUACAAUGCUGCAUUACAAUACUAUAUAGAUUCUACUGUUUCCUUGGAGAAUGUACUCUUGACAGCUGUAUCAAGUCAAUCUUCAGUACCUCAGCCAACUGCAUAAUGGGAGACAGAUUUGGAAUGGGCAGGACACAGAACUCUACAAAACUUCUCUGGAUUUUUUUUAAGACCUUAUUCACAGAUUCAGUACUUUUAGAAAACAUUUUGUAGUCUUUCGGUAACUACAAAAGCAUUGAACUUAAAUUUCUUUUGGAAUCACAAGAAGAUGCCAGCUGACUCCUAGCAGUGUGAAAGUCAUAAGGCAUUUUUGUCUCUGCACACUGCGAUAUUGCUGUUGUUUUCUCUGUUCAGAAGAAGUAGAAUUUAUAUUUUCCUCCAAAUACAAAAGUUCAGUUUGGCAGUUUGUUUAAUUUUUUAUUCAUUAUCAUUAAUGGUGGCAGAAGCAACAGGUAUACAGUUGUCCAGGUUUUCUGAAAAUCAAUAGGUUAAAAUGUAAGAAAUGGAUAUGCUUAAUAACCUGUCUCCAUUUUGAACUUCAUGAGGGUUUUUAUCUUGUUUUCUAUGCCUAGAAUUUUAUUUUAUGAGUUCUGACUAUUUGUGGAAUUGGCUAAAGAAAAACAUUUAGUUGGAAAUCAAAUGCCACCUCAUUGUUUUAGUAAUUACAUUCCCAUGCAUAAAGCUUUGCUAUGGAGAGGAAUAAAAGCUGAAAUUGACAUGA